AUGGCAGAGAAAACAGAUUUUCAAAAGCGAUUAAUGGUAUCGGCCGCAAUCUCAUUGGGCCAUGAAUUGCAUCUAUUCGAAGCACUGGCCAAAGUCGGAAGCGAGGAACAUCCAGCGGGUGCUGAACAAGUGGCUGUGGAAUGCGGAUGUAGACCGAGAUAUGUCAAGGAAUGGCUGUCGGUUAUGGCAACAGGCAAUAUCAUUGAGGUCAACGAAGACGAAAAGUUCUGGAUCCGCAAGGAGAACGUUACGGAUUUGACGAGUGGCUUAGCUUUGCAGUUUAACUUAUUUCUCCCAGUGCUUCUCAAAUGCUACGACAAAGUUUGCGAAGUAUUCAAGAUCGACGGUCCAUAUGGGCUCAACUAUUCCGAGUUCAGUGGUUUCUACAAAGUUAUGACAUCAUUCAGUGAAGCUCUGCACAGAAAACACCUUUCACGCCUCGAGAACGGAGAGAUGAUGUGCUUGGAUGUUGGAUGCGGUAGUGGUUUCCACGCUGCACUUCUGGCGGAAACUUAUCCGAAGUCAAACUUCACAGGCAUCGACGUGACUCUAGAAGCGGUGCAUCAAGCUAAUCAACGAAGGUGA